UGAGUCGGAAUCCAUCACCUCUCCUUCUCACAAGAUCUGAAGCUACCUUCGCAACUGCGACAAAUUUUGCAUCUCGCAGCCACAUUCAGUGCGUCUGGAGGACGUUUCUGCGAUCCGGUGGUGUCUUCUUUGAUGAUUUCGAGAUGCUUUUGUUCGCCGUUUGGUGGUUUGUUUUGAGAGUUUUUAGUAAAGUGUUUCGGCGGGUUUGAAUGUAAGAGCUGCAGGAUCAACUCCCAUUUGUGUGAACCCUUAUUGUGCUAUUGGAAUUUCUAGGAGGAUUGUGUUUGGAGACAUUGUGAAGCUGUAGGGAUUGGGGAGCCGAAGGCGAUUUGUGCAGAAGAAGGAAGUAGAGAUCUGCUCACGUUGAAAGGAGAGGAGCAAUUGUGCUAUUUCGGAUCUGCACGAGGGAGUGAUCAGGAUGCUGACGCGUUUGGGUGUCGAUGGUAGAGGGACAAGGUUCAAUGGGAGAUGAGUUUAAAAUUUGAGCCCUGUAGCUAAUUAGGUAUCGUCAGAGUGGUCUCUGGUUGGAGGUCGCCAUGGCGAGGACUAAAGGGAGCACUCUAGAGUUCAUCAAUGAAAAUUUCCCGACAGAAUCGUCAUUAGUGGCGGUAGAUCCUCUUCUUGGAAAGCUGCGCAAUAAGAUUCGGCAUGUGGAUUCUGACAUAAUUUCUGCAAUCAGGCAGCAGAGCACCUCAGGUUCUAAAGCUAAGGAGGACCUUGCAGCUGCAAUGCGUGCCAUUCAGGAGUUGACUCUGAAAAUCAGUGAAAUGAAAGAAAAAGCAGAGCAAAGUGAGGUGAUGGUUCAGGAAAUCUGUCGUGACAUAAAGAAGCUGGAUUUCGCAAAAAAGAAUAUCACAACUACUAUUACUGCUCUUCAUCGUCUUGCAAUGCUGGUGUCAGCUGUGGAACAAUUGCAAGCUAUGGCUGUCAAACGGCAGUACAAGGAAGCAGCUGGACAACUUGAGGCAGUUAAUCAGCUUUGUAGUCACUUUGAAGCUUACAGUGACAUCCCAAAAAUCACAGAGCUGAGGGAGAAGUUCAAAGGCAUCAAAGAAAUGCUGAAGUCCCACGUCUUCUCUGAUUUUGCCAGUUUGGGGUCAGCUGGUCUGAAUGAAGAUGGUCAGCAGAUGCAGCUGCUUGCAGACGCUUGUUUGGUUAUUGACUCCUUGGAUCUAUCUGCGAAAGAAGAACUCGUUCGCAAUGUUUGUAGUAAAGAGCUUACAGCAUAUCAGCAGAUCUUUCAAGGAACUGAGGUAGCCAAGUUGGAGAAAGCUGAGCGUAGGUAUGCUUGGAUUAAACGUCAAUUGAGGUCGAAUGAAGAAGUUUGGUCUAUCUUCCCUCCAAGCUGGCGGGUUGCACACACUCUGUGCAUGCAGUUCUGUAAAGUAACGAGGGCACAGUUGAUGGAAAUUCUCGAUACAGCUCAACCUAAGCCCGAAGUUGGAACUCUUUUACAGGCUUUACAAAGAACUCUAGAAUUUGAAGAAGAGCUCGCUGAACGUUUUGGUGGAAGUGAGGGCAAGAAACAAGAAGAGGAAAGUGAUGACGAAGGAUUUGACACAAAAGAUGGAGAGCUCACUGCUUCUGCUAUACGUAAGAAAUAUCAAAAGCAGCUGAAACAGGAAAUGCACGGAGAGAAGAAGACCAAUCAAGGCGCUGCUAAUGAAAGGGCUGCAGCGGCCUUUAACUUUCGAGGCACAAUAUCCUCAUGCUUUGAGCCGCACUUGUCAAUAUACGUGGAGCUUGAGGAGAAGACAUUGACGGAGGCGUUGGACAAGCUGAUUCAGGAAGAAACAUGGGAUGCUGAAGAAGGAACACAGACAAGUAUCUUAUCCAGUGGCACGCAGGUGUUUUUGAUCAUCAAGAGAAGCUUAAAACGCUGCAGUACCCUUACCCGCAACCAAACACUUUUUAAUUUGUAUAAGGUGUUUCAGCGAGUGCUUCGAGCUUAUGCUGGGAAGCUUGUCGCAAGGCUGCCUAGAGGUCAACCUGGACUUGUAUCUGGCACAGAGGGACAAGUGAAGGUAUCAGACAAAGAUGAGAGAGUCAUCUGCUACAUUGUCAAUACGGCAGAGUACUGCCAUGAGACGGCUGCAAAUAUGGGCGAAAACAUUGCUAAACUUAUUGAUUCGCAUUUUUCAGAAAGUAUAGACAUGUCUGAAGAGCAGGAUGAAUUUUCGGGAGUAAUUACAAAAGCUUUGUCAACGUUAGUGCUAGGUUUGGAGACACGGCUUGAGAAUGAGUUGGCCAAUAUGGCUCGUCUUCCAUGGGCUACACUUGAAAGUGUUGGAGAUCAGUCUGAUUAUGUUAAUGGAAUCAGUGCCAUCCUUUCCAGUAGUGUUCCGGUUAUUGCGGGUCUUCUAUCAUCUCUCUACUUUCAGUAUUUCAUAGAUAAGCUAGCAGCGUCAUUUGCCCCACGAUUCCACAAUAACAUCUUCAAAUGCAAACGCAUCUCUGAAACUGGAGCACAGCAGAUGUUAUUGGAUACACAUGCUGUCAAAACGUUGCUUCUGGAGGUCCCUUCGUUAGGCGGUCAGGCUAAUACUCCAGCGAGCUACACUAAGUACGUGGCGCGUGAAAUGGGCAAAGCAGAGCACUUGUUAAAGGUCAUAUUGUCUCCAAUGGAGGCUAUUGCAGACACUUAUCGUGCUUUACUACCUGAAGGUUCUGGGGCUGAUUUUCAACGAAUUCUUGAUCUCAAGGGGGUGAAGCGUACAGAUUCACAGCCAUUGAUUGACCGGUUUACGAACCGUAACAUAGAAGGUUUACCAAUUUUGCAAAUAGGAGGGUCUAAUCAUGGAAAUGCGGCACCUCCCACUCCCACGUUUGCUAACUCCGGACUUCAAAGUAAAGAAGCUAUGAUGUCCCGCGUAGGGGCUCUCGGAAGAGGUGCAAUAUCCCAGUCUGCAGCGGCUGCUGCUGCAGCAUCCAGCACAGGUUUGAAACGCCUGUUUGCUGUUGUUGAGCAAGCAAAGGAAGGGGCUGCUAAGAAAGAGGGAUCGCAUAUACAGGAAUGGUUCUCAAAUAUAGGAAGAAGAUAGAAAUUUACUACUAUUCUGUAGAAUGAGGCAGUGUUUUUUUCAUGUCUUCUUGGGCAUGCAUUGGGUUACUGCUGAAUUUAAUUGGUCUUUGCUUUUCCAUGUAGAUCUGAGCUUUGAGAGGAUGAUACCCUCAGUCACUGGAUCAUGGAUUAGCUCCCAGGUUCAUGUAUUUUCAGUAUUUAGGAAACCAACAUAUGAUGAAUACAGGAAACUUUAAUACUGUUUUAAGAGGAACCUCUCCCCAUUUUGCUGGUCUA